CCAAUUAACUGAAAGCUGUUCGAAUGUUUAUAUCAGUCGUUAAAUUUUGUACAUUGAUCGAGGUUAUGUCUCGAUUAUUGUUUAUAGUACAUAUUAAUCUUGAAUUAUUAUUAUUAUCAAAUAGAAAGUAAUAUUAAAUAAUAUAAUAUUAUAUAUUUAAUUGAAUUUCAUAUAAGAUAUUGACAAGAUAUUUUAUAUGCUUUAUAUAAAUUAAUAUAAAUCUAUAUAUUGGAGAUGGAAGUACCUAUUGUAGAAAGUUUACCUUAUUGCAAGGAAUUAUGGUUUUUAAUAUCGGAUACAGUAUGUCGGUGUGAAAAACAACUAGUAGAAGAUGAAAUUAAAAAAGAGACUAAACUUCUUAAAGAAGGAUUAUUAUUUUUUAAACCAUAUACAGAAGCGUCACUUCAAAACAUACCUAAAAAUGAUCCAUCCCCUAGAAUGUAUGAAUUAAUCAGUAAACUUGCUCCACUUCUUAACUUAGAUGCUAUGAUUACAUGGGAUUUAGUAUGUAAUUUUAUAAAAUAUGAAUAUAGAAAUUGUGCGGAAACUUUUGCAUCACAAUUAAUAGAUUUUACAUCAAUGAAAGCAUUGAUUGAUGAUAUUUGGGAAUUUUAUUACUCUGAAAGAAUGACCUUGAUAAAGUGCCUUAAAUUAAUGGUUGAAUAUAAAGAUGAAGAUAAAGGACAUCGUUAUCAAAAAGAAUUUGCAAAGUUCUUUGAUGAUGUGCUAUUUGGAACUCUAUUAGAUUCCAUUCGAAAACAAAUAGAAAUGCUAAAAACAAUAAAUCCACCUUUACGAUCACAGCUAUGUACAGAAGAGUAUUUAUACAGAUUAUACAAUAGUAGUCUUAUUGAAAUGCGAGAAUUACUUCAUAUAUUAACAGUCAUUAUUCAUGACAUACAUAUCGCAGAUACUGAAUUUAUGAAGUUUUAUGAAAGUAUUGGAGGAGAACCAAGACGAUUAGCAAGUACAAAAAGUCAUGAAGAUAAAAAAGCAAUUGCCAGGAAAAUUCAAGAAAUACAAUACAGUCAAGUAGCAUUGUUAAUAGUUGCAUUAGAUAUUAGAAAACACUUUAAUAUGGAAGAUUGGAUACAUAGUGUGAGAAAUAGUAUGCAAGAAACCUUUGAACAAAAAUGUAUUCGUGAUAAUUUUCCUCAAGAUAGUCCACUCUUUUUAUCCUGGAUGUUAGCAAAUUAUGCCAUCGAUCCUGAAAAUAUUGAUACUUUGAAUCGAUUUAAACAUUUUGGUAUCAAAGCCAUAAAAUUAAAUGUUUUUCAUUACUUGCAAGACUUGAUGAAUAGCGAAAUGAUUUGUGAAAAAACUCAUUAUGCUGAAGUUGUACGAAGUAGUGUAUACAACCUUCUUACUUUAGCAUGUGCUUUUAUCAAUGAAGAUAAAUUAAAUGACGAAAAUGAAAAUGAGUUAAAUUAUAUCUUCAAUGCUGUUGCUGCUACAAUUCAAUUUCCUGAAACUGCAAUGCGAUUUUGGAAAGAACAUGAUGAUGGUUUAUGGUUGAUUUAUAAAUUUGCAGUUGAACAAUUUCCAUACGAAUUUGAACCAUUAACAAAUAUUGCAAUUGGAUUAGCAUCUGCAUCGGAAUUGAGUGCCGAAAAAAUCGCAAUAGAAUUGGAUAAUCUUCCAUCAUUAACAUUAGAAGUACCGAGACAACGAGACUAUAGCAAACCAUUCAAACCAUAUGAACAAGAAUGUGUAAUUCACAGAAAUUCAUAUGCUAUAUCAGAAGAUUGCCCAUGUGAAAAUAUACGUAUAUUGUCAAGUGGAUCCGAAGUAGUGAUAUUCCGACAAAGAGCAAGUUAUUGGCAUGCUUUACAUCACAAAAUAGAACAGCUGUUUUCCCAAGCAGGUGGUGGAAUUACAGGCUGUAAUAAAAUGAAUAAAAAUUUGCCAGAGUAUGUUUCACAAGGUUUAAAAUUGUUAAAAACAUUAGCUAAACACAUAGAAAUAUGGAAUAGAGAAAAUAUGGUUAUUCCAACAGAAUUAAGUUUUGAAAUCAUAAACAGAUUUUCUUAUCCUGUAUUACCUGAAGAAAAAAUGUAUAUAUACAAAAUAGUUGCAGCUUGCAUCAGUAUUUCAUCCGAACUUGUAUUAGAAUAUCCAGAAGAAAUUUUGUCUCGAAUGCGAGCAGGUGUCUAUCCAAGAUUUAAUAAUCGGUAUCAAAAAACAUUAGAUUUUGCUGAAGCAGUUUCCUUCGAUGGUGGUAUAAUUGCGUCAUGGUUAUCUGCAAUAGAAACGAUCGCUCAUUCUUAUCCAAUUUUGAAUGCAUAUUUAGAUAUUUUAUCAAAAUAUUUAAUCAGAAAAUACAACGAGGAAGCUCUAUAUACAAUAGAAAUACCUGGCAUGGUGUUUUUAUUGCAAGGUGUUUUACCAAAAUUAGAUUUCUGGUAUUUCGAUUCGGAUGCAGAAAGAACUGACUUGUGGUUAAAAAGCAUGUUUUGUCUUCAUAGAGCGCUCGAAUCUAGUCUACCAAAAGAAGAUAUACGUAAUGAAUUACAACUUGUUGUUGCAUAUAGUUUAUUGUAUUUAGAACCACGACAUGCUUUACUUAAAUUAAUUCGUACUGGCGAACGUACUUUACAUAAUAAAAUGAUGGCAGAAACAGAUUGGAUUCGCGGAAAAGGUUUCAAAGCAAUCAAAAGUGUACAAUUAGCUUUAUCUGUAGUAAAUAGAUUACUUAUAUUCCGAAAAUCCCUGGGUUUAGAAAUAGGAGAGAGAUCACCAUUAGAAGCUGCAUUAUAUUCUUCACCUCGUGUACCAAAUGGACUUUUAAUAGUACCUACAAUUGUAAAUUAUUUGUAUGUUUGGUUCAGUCCACCUUUACAAGCAAUGGCUGUUAGAUUAUUAAAAAAAUUUGCUGAAGGAUCAUCUAUGUCACUUUUAGUUUGUAUGGGUAUGGACGGUACAGCUAUACGAGAGACUUUCGCUUCUCGUAGAGGUCUUAUGUCACCAACUUGUGUCGCAGAUGUCAAAGUUGCUAUUCUUGAACUAGUUGCUGUAUGCUUAGAAAAACAACCUGGUCUUACAGAAGCUCUCUUUAAUAUCGUACAUCCAGCAGAAUGCAAACGAAUCUUUCCUCGAUCGGUAGAAGAAUUUUUUACUGAAGGAUGUAGACAAUUUUUAGUUAAAUAUUUAAAUCGAAUCUAUGAAAGAGACGAUAUUGUUAGCGACAAGUUGUAUAAUAGCACAAUGGCGUUAUUACGAGCAAUGUGGUAUCAUAGAAAUGAAAUUCUUGUAAAUUUUUUUCGAAAACGCGAAAAUUUUUGGACUCACCUUUUUGCUCCGCUUUUCAGAGAAAUAUUACCAGGUGCAAAAGGUUAUUCUCAUUUGCUAGAUAUAAUUACUUUAGAAUUGUUCAAAAGUACUACAUUGGAAGAUGAUUUUACUAUGAAUCUGAAAAAAUUAUUGGACAAAUCGAAAGAUUAUUGGAAAAAAUUGGCAAUAUACAUACUUGAUGAUGUACAUACUGUUAAACAAGAAUCAUUAAACAGUUGUGAGAAGCGAGAUAUUAAUAUUACAGAUUCGUUAUAUGAAACUAAUUUGGAAUCUUGGUACAAUUUUAUUGUCACAUUAACUGAUGAAAGAAUAGCUAUGAAUUAUCCUAUUAAUGUAUCGCAAGCACAAUUAAUAACGCAACGUUCCUUAGAAUCGCUACUUGAACGGAUCAAGCAAUCUUAUGAUGUUUCUAGCCGAAAAAUUACUAUGUUGCUAGCUUCUUUAUCGCUUCGAUGUAUUACUUCUUGGAAACAAAUGUGUGUUGAUGAUUCCAGAAUUUUUAAAUCUGGAUUGACACAGUUAAUGCAAGAAAUUAGUCAAGCUUAUUGCACUUUUGGAAAAUCUUUACGUCAAACAUUAAUUUCUUUGCUUCUCGGAUGCGUACAAUGCGUGAAAAGUACUUUACGCGAGGAUGUAUCAAGUCUCGAAUAUCUUCUAUCACAUUCCUGUACAAUUGCUGCCUGUGAAUUAGAGGAGUUAAAAGAAGCUGCUAUUCAAUUAGAAAGAAGAAAACAAGAACAGCAUUUGGUUAAACGAAAAGAGAUCGAUUGUAAAAUAGAUACGAUUGAUAGUGUAACUACACAAAAGAAUGCCGAAGAAAGAAAUGCAGAAACUGUUCGCGGGAUUCGGGAAAGUUUACCAGCAACUUUAGCUGUUUGUAUGGUUACCCAAGUAUUACGUUCCUAUAUAGAACGAAAUACUACAAAGUGUCAACGAAAAUCUAGCUGUGUACAAUUUCGACAAAUGAUACCGGAAUUGAUGACGUGCAUCGGUGUUACUUUACAAAAAUAUUCAUAUUUAAGAUUUAGCACUGCUGCUCUUAAUUUGCUUAAUUUAAUCAUUCGAUCUCCUUACGCUUUACAUCCGAUUAAUGAAAAUGAUAUCGCGAAAUUAUGGUUAAGUUUAAUUCCACCCAUUGACAUUGGAAAUAGUAUGUUAGAUUCAUUAUACGAUGAUUGUCCAAAUGGACAAUGGCGAUGUCAGGAUUGGUGGCCGCUUUAUACACUUGGCCUUGAAUUUUUAAUAGGACUUGUCACUAGAGAAAUGCCUAAUGUUUAUAUCAAAUCUAUCACAAUGUUUCUACAUUCUCAUGAAUAUCAAUUAAUGGUUGCGUCAACUUUAUUAAGACAUACAGCAGAUCUUCUUGCUGCCGAUUUGGUGCAAUCUCUCGUUGCUCUUAUUCAUAUUAUUGCAACGCAACCAUAUGUUUGGAAUUCGAUACAACCAAAUGUUUGUGAAACUCUAAUUAAAUGUAUGUAUUUGGCAUAUGAUAACACCGUAAAUCUAUUACUAAGACCACGAAUUCUUAAAUUCAUUAUUGAUGGUAUCAGUGUGGAAAGUGCUGAAGAAUUAGAAUCUUGUGAUAAAAGAUUGCCAAGUGGUGAAUUAAAAUUGUUAGUUAACAAGUUGAUCAUUAUAAAUACAACCUGUGCGUUAAGUUUCGUUCAUUUUUCACCGAGACUAAAUACUCUUGUAGAUACUAUAUAUACGCAAGAUUUUUGCUAUACUCCAAUGGCUGAAAUGAAUUUUGGACCACCUCAUAUGAGCAUGAGUUCCGGACCACGAUUAACUUAUGGCACGAUCAUUAGUUCGACGCAAUUAUUUACACAGGCUCUACAUUAUCGAUCUCAGCCCAUCAGUUCUUCGUCCGUUUCACUUAGUAAGCAAACAGAUAAAACAGACUCUGCUAAGAAAGAAUGGGAGCAUGCUGCACCAGAAGAUCGGCGAAUGCAUUCGAGCAAAGAUCUUAGAAGGAUUAUUCAUGCGGCAUCUGGUUCCACGUCAAGAUCCUCUUCUAAUGUAGGAAGUGAAUUUUUGGCAUAUGUAAGUGGCUUAGAUGUAACUGUGCCGUUAUUAAGCAGUCCAAGACUUGUACGCAGACCUUACGAUCCUCUUAUUUGCGAAAAUACUAUUCUCUCAAGAGCAACAGCCUUAACAAGCGGUAGACAUGUAACAAAAGGAAUAUCAAACAGUGAUAGCCCUGUUGUAGCAAAGUAUCAAAAAUUUAGCGAUCCUUGGUUUGAAUCUAUGGAUGAAAAUAAUACCAGAUUUGCUCUUGAAAUUAAUCUCGUAUUGAUCUUGUAUCAAGCUCUGGAAGGAGUUAGAAGUCCAAGAAUCGCUCUUCGAGAUCGACAAUUAAUAGCGCGCGAAACAGUGACUGAAUUAGGAGUUUUCUUUGAUUUUCUUGAACAUCGGGGUACACCUGAUGACUGGCAAGUUAAGGGUUCUCUAAUCAAUUCUGAUGCUAAAAGCAUAAGGACUAUUCAACAAACUGUUGACUUCAAUCAAACCAUCUUACCCGCUAGAUUAAAAGAAAUACAAGGAACUAUAUUCAAAGAGAAUGUGCACACUACAGGAAAAUACGCAAUCAAUAUUAAUAAUAUACAAUUUUUAUCUUUGAUGGGAAAGUUAUUUAAGACUGUUGUGGAAUCUUUAGAUUUAACACAAUAUCGAUAACAACUGGAAUUUCGAUAAAUAUAUGUGCUUUAAAUUCAAAAGAAGAAAAAAGCGAAAAGAAAUUAUUUAAUACUAUACAAAAAACUGAUUUAUAAUAUAUGUUGGAAUUCGCAAUAAAAUAACAAUUUUUAUUAUAAUUUUGUGUUUAGUAUGUGUAAAGGAUAAAAAAAUUAAUUGCAAGGAUUCACAAAUGUACUUAAAAUUUCUUUUGUGUGGAUAAAAUAAUGAUUGAGAUAACAAAAAGUCACAUUUAACAUAUUGUGCAUCCUUGAUGAAAAUACAAAAAAAAGAAGUAUA